AUGGAGCCGUGCAAGGACCCGACGAGAUGGGUGGAGGCAAGCGGAGGCGAGGUCCCCAUCGGAGCCGUUGUCGGCGGGGAGGAUGGUGGAGAAGCUCUUUAUGUGGCGAGAGCAGAACAUGAGGGUGAUAUGCUUCCUGGGAAGUUGGUUCCCUCCCAUCGUGUUUGCAUGCAAGGAACCCCGACACCUCUUGUUCUGGUGAGUGAUGACAUGGCGAAGUUGGUCUGGCUUCCAGGAUCCGCGGGAUCAAUCCCUUCUGGAGCCUUGAAGGGUGGACAAACUGCAUCGGGUGAGCCGUUGUACAUUGGAAGAUGCAAGCAAGGAAAUACCCUCACAUGUGGCAAGGCACGUAUUCACAGAUCCCUAAAAGCAUGCUUUAUCCCUUAUGGAGGCCGAGAGUACGGUUACGGAAGCUAUGAGGUAUUGGCACUGAAACAAACACCCGAGGAGUCGGCAGUGAAACCAAAACCAGAAGUAAAGACCACACCAAAGGAACCCGAGAAGAAAGAUGGUAAGAUCUGCCGGUAUAGUCAAGCAUGGGCUGAGCAGCUGUCGCAAUGGAAUCGAUUGGAGCACCGAAUGAACGUGGGUCGACAGGACGGGAAGCAAUAUGGAGAAAAUUGCUACAUGGCCAUGGGGGUGUCGUCCGUAAAGCCGGAAGAUGUUGUCGACGCUUGGUACAACGAAGUCCGUUACCACAAUUACUCUUGGAAUAGCUUCGUUUACCAAACGGGACACUUCACGCAGGUGGUCUGGACUGACAGCAAGCGAGUCGGGGUUGGAAUAGCGCGUAAGGGUUCCAAUUGGUUCGUCGUCAGCAGCUACGAUCCGCCUGGAAAUUACGCUGGACGCUUCAACCGAUGUGUUCGUCCACCCGUUGAUUGA